AUGGCAAAAGAAGCAGCUCGGAUCCGCGAUCCGCCGAUACGAAGGUGCCCCUUACCUUGGAUGAAAUUUUGUUUGGCGUUAUAUAUGGCUUCUUGCUUACCGUUGAUG